AAAGCAGGUGAGCACUGGAUCGAGAUCCAGAAAAACACCUUCAUGAACUGGGUCAACCUACAGCUCCAGGCUUCCGGGAUGGUGGUCACAGACUUCGAGACCGAUUUCGAUAACGGAGUAAAAUUGUGCGCCCUCGUUGAAGCUCUCCAGAACAAGAAGAUAGGAAGGGUCAUCAAGAACCCGCUCAACCAGCACCAGAGCCUGGAGAACGUGACCCUGGCGCUUAGAGCCAUAGCAGAAGACAACGUUCGAUUGGUCAAUAUUGGAAGUGAAGAUAUCGUAAACGGAAGUCUCAAACUUAUUCUCGGCCUUAUUUGGCACCUGAUCCUACGCUACCAGAUUGGAAAAACGAAGUUCCCGCCGAAAAAGCUGAUGCUGGAAUGGCUGCAGGCUGUGUUGCCGGAGUGCCAGAUUUCAAACUUCACCUCAGACUGGAACGAUGGAGUCGCUUUACACGCCCUUAUUGAUUACUGCAAGCCUGGCCUGUCGCCCAACUGGAGACAAUUACCUAGACAUGACAGGCUGGGUAACUGUACGGAAGCCAUGCAGAUAGCCAAAUCCGAGCUCAACAUCCCUAUCGUGGUGCGACCAGAAGAUUUCUCAUCUCCUCAUCUUGACGAUCUAUCUGGCAUGACCUACCUCUCAUAUUACAUGAAAGUUGAUUCUCCCGGCUACUUUGCUACCCGUAGAGAAACCAACAACUUGCUGCAAAACAGAAAUAUCGAUAACUUUCAGACGGACUGGAAUAGUGGACAUCUUCUAUGUGAUUUGGUAAAAUCGGUUGGUGGUGAUGUGCCAGGGUGGCCUCAUCUAACCAGCGAUCAUGUAACCAAUUUACAGACAGGUAUUGAUGCUGCCCGAAAGCUGGGUGUUGAGCCUAUAUUUUCUGCUAAAGAAAUGGCUGAUCCUGAAGUUGAACACCUAGGCAUUAUGGCUUAUGCCGCUAAAUUUCGUCAUUUGAAGCCAGUUAAAAUAUCACAAAAUAGGGCAAGCAUGGAUGGUAACUUCAGUGAUGUUUAUGUCAAACAAGAGAAACAUUUUGUCAUCCACGCUGAAGACGGCACAUCCCAUGAUUCUAUUAGAGCUGAAGUUAUUGGUCCAGAUUCAAUUGUGCCAGUACGAACAAAAUGGAGUGGCAAUAGAUGUGACUGUUACUUCACACCAACAGAAACAGGACAGCACAAGCUCAAUGUGUACUGUAAUGGAGAUAAUAUCCCAGGGUGCCCUGUUCCAUUCAAAGUGCAUGCAGAUAGAUCAAAAGUGAAAAGCGUUUAUUUGGAGAGAGCUGUAGUAGGAGUCAACAAUGAGCUAAAGGUUGACACAUCUGCUGCUGGCCAAGGUGAUGUCAGGAUUGAAGCAACGUCUCCCAGUGGCCGAGUCCUUAACUUGCCUGUCAUGUACAAGGGAGGAGUGUAUACAUCCAACUUUGCUCCAAAUGAAGUUGGUGACUGGUUGGUUUCUAUGGUCUAUGAUGGUGAUCAUGUCAAUGGAAGCCCCUAUGUUGUUAAAGUCUUUGAUCCAUCCUUGGUGAAAAUUACUGAUCUUAGUGGAGGAAAAGUUGGGCAUGAAUUAACUUUUCAUGCUGAUGCAACAGCAGCAGGUGAAGGAGAAGUCACCUGUAAGGUGAUCCAUGGUCAUUCACAAGUACCUUGCUAUCUAACUAAAGACGAUCAUGGAAAGUACACGGUAGAUUUCACUCCCCAAGGCUCAGGCACCUACACUGUUCAUGCUUAUAUGAAUAAUAUUGAAGUCAGAGGAUCGCCUUACACAGUUGAUAUCAUAGACUCAAGUCGUGUUACUGUAACAGGUGAAGGUUUGAACCUAGUACCAGUGAAUACCCCAGCAGUCUUUACAAUCCACACCAAUGGAGCUGGUGGAGGCAAGGUUGAUGUUAAUAUUGUUGCCCCCUCAGGAAAACAUGUUCAGCACAAGUUGAGAAAAACAGGAGAUCAAACAUACGAGGUGGAAUAUUUGCUGGAAGAAUCUGGUGAGUACACUAUUGAAGUGAAGUUUGCCGAACAAGAAAUUAGUGGCUCACCAUUUGUCACUAAAGCAUUUGACAUGAGGAAGCUGGUGGUGAGUGACAUGCCGUCAAAAGGCACUCGAGAUCAUCCGGUACAAUUCAGUUUGGAUGCAUCAAAGGCAGGACCAGGCAAUAUAGAAAUUCGUGUAAAUGAAGGCAGAGUGCCGUGUGAUGUAAAAAAUAGGGGGAAUCAUGUUUUUACUGCCUCGUUUUUACCUGAGAACUCCCGACCUCACACUGUGGAGAUAGCAUUUAAUGAAAGCCCUGUCAUAGGUAGUCCGUGGAAAAUCUUAAUAGUUGACCCCAAAGCGGCCAGCUUAAAAGGUAAAGAUAGGGUACAGUGUCAUGAGAAGACUUCAGUUUACAUCCAAGCCAACGGCCAGACAAUGUCAGAAGAUGAUCUGGAUGUGAUAAUUAAAGGUCCUGAUGGAGACAGUGUACCUUACAAACAGACAACAGAUUCAACUGGGGACACUGUUGUGAAAUACACCCCAACAAAGAUUGGCGAGUACACAAUCUAUGUAAAAUACUGCGAUCAUCAUGUAAAUGGUAGUCCAUUUACUGCAAAAGCUUACAACAUUGGAGCCAUUUCUGUUUCCCCCCUGGAUGAUGGUUUUGUCAAUCAGCCAAUGCACUUUACGAUUGAUGUUGGGGAUGCAGGGGAAGGCCAGCUUCAGAUAAUGGUAAACAAAGGAAACAUUCCCAAUGAAGUUGAACCUGAAAUGGUAGGAAAAUACUUGAUCAAGUUCAUCCCCACAGAGCCAGGGGAACAAGUGGUUGAGAUUUUAUUUAACGACCACCAUUUGAAAUGCUCCCCCCUGACAUGCAUAGCCCAUGAUCUGAAUGCCAGCAUUGUUGGCCUACAUCAACUCAUCCCAGUCCAGCAGCCAUCCAGCUUUCAUAUCCAGUCUCAGGCAAACAUUUCUUCCCUUCCAACUGAGGUCAUCAUCACAGGACCAAAUGGAAUGCCUAUUCCAUCUAGGAUAACUCUUCAUCCAGAUGGCAAAAGUCUUAAUGUGGAAUACAUGCCUAGAGACAUUGGUAUCCACACAGUAAAAGCUACUCUGGCUGGGUUGCCCAUCAAAGGCAGUCCAUUUGGUGUCAGAACAUUUGAUCCAAACAAAGUGAAAAUCACCAGAGUCAAGCAAGGGACUGUUGGUGUGCCUUGUAAAUUUAAUGUUGAUGCUUCUGAGGCAGGGGAUGGCACUCUGGAGAUAACAAUCAACCACAAUGGCCAGAACAUUCCCAACAAUGCAGUGACAGUGGGUAAAAACAAAUAUGAAUGCAGUUUCAUUGCUCACCAUGAGGGCUCGUACAAAGUGAAUGUACUGUAUAAUGACAUGCAUGUCCAAGGGAGUCCGUACAGUGUAAAUGUGAUUGAUGUUGGUGGUAUCAGGAUAACUGGUGACCAGUGGAAUGCCGUCUCAUGCAACAAGAAGGCUGGCUUCAAUGUGGUCUCUCCCCAUGGCUCAUUUGAGGAAAUGUCUGUCAGAAUUAUUGCUCCUGAUGGCUCUAAUGCCCCUUGUAGACUGAGUGACAGAGGAGAUGGAACUUGUAAGAUUGACUGGCACCCUACUGUGAUUGGUGCUCAUAAAGUGUAUAUUGAUUAUGCUGGUGUCCCAAUUCAAGGCAGCCCUUUCACUAUCAGAGUUUUUGAUGCCUCCAGAGUUCGAGUAUCUAACAUAGCCCCUGGGCUGGUCAACAGACCUUUGUCCUUUAACUUGGAUGCCAGUGAGGCAGGAGAUGGGAAUUUAGAAAUUCUUGUCAUGUGUGAAGAUGAAAUAGUUCCAAACUAUGUCCAGGAAGAGGGGAAUACCAAAUUUAAGGUGACUUUCACACCUAAGAGAGCAGGUCUUCAUCUUAUUCACACACAGUUUAAUGGGGAGGCUGUGAAAGGCAGCCCUCAUCAGUGCCCCAUCCUUGACCCUGAGAGUGUCCAAGUGACAGGGAGUGGAGUCACUAUGGCUGCUGCUAAUUUCCCCACAAGUUUCCAUGUCAAUAUGAGACAUGCUGGUGAUGCCAGGCUUAACGUCAGAGUUUUGUCUCCCUAUGGAGAAGAAAUUCCUGUUCAUAUUUCUGGCAAUACUAAAACUGGACUUAGAAUUGAUUACACUCCACAAGAAGUUGGUUUAUACAAGGUGUAUGUAGAAUGUGCUGGGAGUCCUGUUAGGGGAAGUCCAUUCACUUGCAAUGUUUUUGAUCCAGCUCUAAUCAGAGUGAAUGCCCCUGGAAGAGCCUAUUUUGGCAGACCUAUGCACUUUAAUGUGGACACAUCAGCAGCUGGUCAAGGCAAGUUAAACUUCCUGGUCAAAUGCAGGGGCAAUGAGAUUCCUUGCAGGCUGAGAGAAGUUGGUCAAGACAGAUUUGAUGUCAGCUUUACACCACAAAACAUUGCUCCACAUUUGGUGACAUUGUUCUUUAAUGAUCUGCAAGUACCAGGCACACCAUUUGAGGUAGCUGUUAUUGAUGGCACAAGUGUAAAUCUGUCUGGAGAUGGCCUGCGGUCAGCUAAAGUUUUCAAAGAAUCUGGGCUAACAUUGGAACAUCAAGGGUUGGAUGAGAGAGACAUGGAUGUCCAAAUUAUUGCACCAAGUGGUAAUACCGUACCUGCUAGACUGAUAAACCAUGGCAGUAAUCUGAGAAUGAACUUCACCCCGCUGGAAGUUGGUCCUCACAAGAUUCAUGUCAAUGUGGGGGAUUCCCCCAUCAAUGGCAGCCCUUUCACCUGCAAUGUGUAUGAUCCAAGUGCUGUUAGAAUCAUUGAUGUAGACAAAACUCCACAGAAAGAAAGAGAAAUCGGAUUUACUAUUGACACAUCAUCUGCUGGUGCUGGUAAUUUGGAUGUCCAGAUAACACACAAAGGACAACCUGUACAUGCAGAAUGCCAUCAGAUAGAUGAUGGUCAGUUCAACUAUACCUUUAAACCCUUGUCUGUGGGGCGCUAUGAGGUCAAGGCUACCUUCAAUGGGGAUACCAUCCCAGGCUCACCAUUGAUAAUUGAAGUAGAAGAGGACAGACCCACCUUCAUUCGCAUCAACUUCUCCAGUGUAGAGCCAAUCAACACUAAAGGAAGAAACUGGUUUGUCCUCCACACCAGUGGCCAUAAAGUUGACAAGGACAUGCUGGACGUCAUGAUCUUAGCCCCCAAUGGAGAAAACAUUCCAGCUCGACUUAUCCAACAACCUGAUGGAGACUACAAGGUGGAAUGGACACCUACUCGCCCAGGUCGCCACUCUGUGGAUGUAUUAUAUGGUGGCCAACAAAUUCAGGGCAGUCCAUUCCAUAUUGAUGUGUUUGACAUCCACAAGAUCAGAGUCAACAACUUCCACCAUGGGAACAUCAAUGAAACUGCUGGCUUCAAAUUGGACUGCACCCAGGCAGGACAGGGUAAGGUAGAAGUGCGCAUACAGAGUCCAUCAGGCAGAACUCUCCCUUACAACAUGGAUGAGUUGGCCCCCCUAGAACACAGUGUCUCCUACACACCCACAGAGGCAGGGCAGCACAAAAUCUUUAUCUCUUACAGUGGCAUGGAGCUCAAUGGCAGUCCCUUCCAUCAAGAAAUAUCUGAAGGGACAUUACCACCAGCCCAUGGUGAAGGUCUACACAGAGGGGAGGAAGACAAACCUGCGACUUUUGUUAUUGAUGCCAGGAAUCUUAAAGGGGAGCCAUCUGUACAAGUUGAUGGUCCUAAUGCCAUAGCGAAGUGCAGCAUUGAUCCACUGCCUGAUGGUCAGUACAAGGUCACUUACAUCCCAGUUGAGGUGGGACUCUUUGAUGUCUAUGUCAGGUGGAAUGGUAAAGAGAUUCCAGGAAGCCCUUUUCAUCCCAAAGUGGUUGAUGCCAGGAAGGUGAAGGUUGUUGGGGGUUGGCACCACUACAUGGAUGGUCAGCAGAGAAUCAGCCUGGUUGUAGGAGAGGAGAAACAGAUUCCAUUUGACACCUCAGAAGCUGGUCCAGGUCAGAUGAGGGCAGAGGUCAAAAGUCCCAGUGCUCUGAUGCCCGUGGAAGUGGACGAUGAACACAAAGGCAAGAGCAUUGUCAAGUUUGUGCCCAGAGAAGAAGGAACCCACUACAUCCACCUGUACUGGUCUGACCAUCCCCUGGUCAACUCACCCUACCAGGGCUUCGCAGUGAAUGGAGCUGCUGACCCCAGUAAAGUCUGGUUGACUGGACGUGGGCUGAAGGAGGCCAUUGUCAGGGAGGAGGCGGAGUUUGUCAUUGAUGGCAGUCAGGCAGGACCAGGUGAGCCCGAUGUUGAGCUGACAGGUGUUAGAGCUGAGAUCCAGGUGUUCAAGACUCCACUAGGGGGAGGAAAGUUUCGCUGCACAUACAUUCCAGUCAUACCUGGUGCAUAUCUUCUGAACAUUUCCUGGAAUGGUCGACAGCUGCGAGGAGCCCCGUAUAAAGUGAAUGUGAUUGGAGCCUCCUAUCCAAACCGUGUAGUGGUCAAUGGUGAGGGCCUCAAGGGUGGACUACUGGGCAGUAACCUGGACUUCCGCAUUGAUACAAGAAGGGCUGGACCAGGUGAGCUGACCGCCUACUGUAUGGGACCUACCAAGGUUGCCUACUGUGAAUUAAGUGACCAUCAUGAUGGGACUUACAGGCUGGUUGUACAGCCACAAGAGGCAGGCAAGCAUGUGCUACAGAUCAAAUAUGGUGGCGAGCAUGUACAAGGCAGCCCAUUCCCUUUCAAAGUCUCAGCACAGCCCGAUGCAUCCAAGGUCAGGGUCAGUGGACCUGGGGUGGAGCAUGGGAUAUUGGCCAACUUCCAGAGCCAGUUUAUUGUGGAGACACGUGGUGCAGGCGCUGGUCAGUUGACCGUCAGAAUUAGAGGACCUAAAGGAGCUUUCCAAGUUGAAAUGUACAGAGAGAGUCAGAAAGAUCGCACAAUUCUGUGUAGAUACUAUCCAUCUGUUAUUGGUCUCUAUAUAAUUAACGUCAGGUGGUCAGGUGUGGAUGUUCCUGGUUCACCUUUCCAUGUCAACAUUAUGGACACCCAACAAGACCUGGAGCAGGUCCUCCAUGAGAGCUUCAGUGACAGGAGUCACCACAUCCACCCCAACAACAGCUUCCACAACUCCAGUAUCAACAGCUCCAGCCAGCUGCGCUACCCCAUCCAGCAGAACAGCCAACAUCAUAAUAUGAGUCGCAGUAGUGGCUACUACCAUUAUAGGGAAGAGAUGUAGGGGAGGCAACUACACUUAUAGGGAAGAAAAAUAAGGGAAGCAACUUACAAUCUCUACUGAUUUUUUUUACAUGUAAAUUAUUAUUUAUUAAAAAUGUUAUUUCAUUGCAAUCAGUGUAUAAAGUUCAUUCAACUACAUUAGAAAAAAAUAAAAGCAAUAUUUCAGUUCUUGAAACAACACUAAGCUUUAUUUGUUCUUAAAAAGGUUGUUAAAGGUUCUUACUUCUCAAACCCAUCAGAAAUCAAAAUAUUGUUUUACAAUAUGAAGAAAGUUUAAACAUUAACUAUUAUUUUUAGUCCCCUCUUUACUGCUUCAAAGCUAAGUACAGGCUGUUUACAUUAAAUAGAAAAUUGUUUUGUAUAAAUCUGGACAUCUGCCUAUGGUCUGAUAAACCAUAUUUUGGUUAGGAGGGUCUCACUUGAUUGUACCUUGUAUAAAACAAAUGACAUUUAUUACAUAUAACUGAUUUAGACUAUUAUAAUUAUGUUUUUGAUCAUAAUUACAUUUCUUCAUUGAAUGUUGGUUCAACUGAAUUGGUUGCAUUUAAAUUGUUACAUUAUUUUGUCUGCAGGCAUGUGUGGUCUAGUUUUAGAAAAUGUGCAUGUUACAUUUUAAUUAUAAGUAAUUAAUUUUGAUCACAUUUGUGGGAUAUUAUAAAGUUAAAGAAUUCUGCACUAUAAAAAUGAUGUAUUUUUGUGCUAAUUUGAGCAUCUAACAGAAGGUUUUAGAGUUUUUAAUCUUUACUUCACGAUUUGUAACCAGUAACAUAUACACACUGAUAUAAAGUGUGUUAAUAUUUAACUUCAUGUAAAUUUUACAUUUCUGUAUGGAGAAUUUAGUAACUGUAAGAAUUAUCAAUCCUAUGAUAAUCACAGAUGACCCUACCAAAAUGAAAAUAAUAGUCCUAUAUUCAGUCAAAUAGUAUAUUAUGCACAAUAUCAUGUUAAUGUAUACAUGAAAUUUAAAAGUGGAUGUUUAUAGGUUCAUAUUUACGUGCUUAGAUGUCCCAUAAAUAAUUUUGAAUAUAACGAGAUAAACAGUUAACAUAAUAUUUUUUAAAAUGCUGCAAUGCUAGUCAUGCUUUUUAUGACAUAAAAAAAGUACUUACUAGCUUAGUCAACAGCAGUGUAUUUAUUCUUCUAAAUCAGACUAGCAAAGACUCCAUUUAUUGAAUCAAUUUUCUUCCUCACUGUUCACACUUAUUUAUAUAGACAUAAAUUAUUAACCGUAUAACUCAUCUGUUUCUGCCAUAAAUAUAUUUUAUGUAUGUUUCAGUUGUAUUUUUUUUUGUUCCAUGAAACUCAAGGAACCUUUUCAGUGCCUUGGCUUAUGUUUUACAUAAUAAACAAUAACAUAAUAACCCUGAACCCUUGACUGUACAUUCCACUUGAUGUCAUGUUUAGCACUGUCAUUGUUUAACAUUCCAUUUUAUUACUUUUGUAUAAUCAAUUUAUAUUUUGAUAUUCCUUUCAUGUUAAUGAUUUUUUAAAAAAUCUGUUAAAUUUCCUAUAUUUUAGGUGAAAGCCUAUUCUAUUUUUAGAAUUGUACACCAUACUUUUGUGAUUUAUUUACGAACUGAUUGCUUACCUCCCUUUGAUCAAACUGUUGGAUGUUAUGUCCAAAAACCUCACUAGUACAUUUAUGUGUUAUUUAAAGGCAAUUAUUUGCUAUACUCCUCCAAUAGCAUAUAAUCAAGUAUUGGAAAAAAAAAAUACUUUUACA